AUGGGCUUACAUUUCAAGUGGCCGUUAGGGGCCCCUAUGCUGGCAGCAAUAUAUGCAAUGAGUAUGGUUUUAAAAAUGCUGCCUGCCCUGGGAAUGGCGUGUCCACCCAAAUGCCGCUGUGAGAAGCUGCUCUUCUACUGCGACUCUCAGGGCUUCCACUCAGUGCCAAACGCCACAGACAAGGGCUCCCUGGGCCUGUCCCUGAGGCACAAUCACAUCACAGAGCUUGAAAGAGAUCAAUUUGCCAGCUUCAGUCAACUUACCUGGCUUCACUUAGACCACAAUCAAAUUUCAACAGUAAAAGAAGAUGCUUUUCAAGGACUAUAUAAACUUAAGGAAUUAAUCUUAAGUUCCAACAAAAUAUUUUACUUGCCAAACACAACUUUUACCCAACUGAUUAACCUGCAAAAUUUGGACCUGUCUUUUAAUCAGCUGUCAUCUCUGCACCCAGAGCUCUUCUAUGGCCUCCGGAAGCUGCAGACCUUGCAUUUACGGUCCAACUCUCUGCGGACUAUCCCAGUUCGCCUAUUCUGGGACUGUCGUAGUCUGGAGUUUCUAGAUUUGAGCACAAACCGUUUGCGAAGUUUGGCUCGUAAUGGAUUUGCAGGAUUAAUCAAACUGAGAGAGCUUCACCUAGAGCACAACCAGCUGACGAAGAUUAAUUUUGCUCAUUUCCUACGGCUAAGCAGUCUGCACACGCUCUUCUUACAAUGGAACAAAAUCAGCAACUUGACAUGUGGGAUGGAAUGGACCUGGGGCACUUUAGAAAAGCUAGACCUGACUGGAAAUGAAAUCAAGGCUAUCGACCUGACAGUGUUUGAAACAAUGCCUAAUCUUAAAAUACUCCUAAUGGAUAACAACAAGUUAAGCAGCCUUGAUUCCAAGAUCUUAAAUUCCCUGAGAUCCCUCACAACUGUUGGUCUCUCUGGCAAUCUGUGGGAAUGCAGCCCUAGAAUAUGUGCUUUGGCCUCCUGGCUGGGCAGUUUCCAAGGUCGGUGGGAGCAGUCCAUCUUAUGCCACAGUCCUGACCACACCCAAGGAGAGGAUAUACUAGAUGCAGUUCAUGGAUUUCAGCUCUGCUGGAAUUUAUCAACCACUGUUACAGCCAUGGCUACAACUUACAGAGAUCCAACCACUGAAUAUACAAAAAGAAUAAGUUCAUCAAGUUACCAUGUAGGAGACAAAGAAAUCCCAACUACUGCAGGCAUAUCAGUUACUACUGAGGAACACUUCCCCGAACCAGACAAUGCCAUCUUCACUCAGAGGGUAAUUACGGGAACAAUGGCUUUAUUGUUUUCUUUCUUUUUUAUUAUUUUUAUAGUGUUCAUCUCCAGGAAGUGCUGCCCUCCCACUUUAAGAAGAAUUAGGCAGUGCUCAAUGAUUCAGAACCACAGGCAGCUCCGAUCCCAAACACGACUCCAUAUGUCAAACAUGUCAGACCAAGGACCAUAUAAUGAAUAUGAACCCACCCAUGAAGGACCCUUCAUCAUCAUUAAUGGUUAUGGACAGUGCAAGUGUCAGCAACUGCCAUACAAAGAAUGUGAAGUAUAA